GGAUACCACCGACGCGCUCCUGCGCUGAUCAGGAACCACUGGCUGUGAGGGAACGGCGGGACUAAGAGGCACCUCAGCCGGUCUGCUCCCACUCCCAUCGCCGCAUAACGACGACGAUGGUGGUGGUGAUGGUGUUGAUGAAACGGAAUGGAGUCGAGCAGGGUGGAUUAAUUCUUCACCAUGAAUGACAGGUACCACAAGGCGGCCCGGGACGGCUACCUGGACCUGCUGAAGGAGGCGACUCGGAAGGAUCUGAACGCGCCGGAUGAGGAUGGCAUGACGCCGACGCUAUGGGCUGCUUAUCACGGCAACCUGGAGGCUCUGCGGCUGAUCGUGGCGAGGGGAGGAAACCCUGAUAAGUGUGACAUAUGGGGGAACACGCCGCUCCACCUGGCAGCUGCCAAUGGUCACGUCAACUGCCUUUUCUUCCUGGUGUCUUUUGGUGCCAACAUAUGGUGCCUGGACAACGACUACCACACGCCGUUGGACAUGGCCGCCACAAAGAAUCACAUGGAUUGUGUCCGCUACCUGGAUGCCAUCGCUACCAAGCAGACAGGCCUCAACACCAAGCUGGUCACCAAGAUGAAGGACAGGGCGUUUCGCGAUGCUGAGCGGCGGAUCAAACAGUGCGUGAAGAUGCAGAAGAAGCACCACAAACGCAUGGAGCAGAGGUUUCAUAAGGAGACCUCUGAGGCCUCCGCGUCAGAUGUCAUGAGUUUUUCCAGUUACACCAGCAGCUCUCUCAGCCACAAGCUGCACAACUUCAAUGCAGCCACUGUCAGUGUGCCAUAUUCUCAGGCUACCCUCCACGCCACAAACCGAGGGAAGACAAAGAUCCAGAGGAAGCUGGAGAAGAGGAAACAAGGAGAUGGGACCUUUAAAAUCUAUGAGGAUGGGAGAAAGAGUGUACGCUCCCUCUCUGGACUUCAACUGGGCAACGAUGUCAUGUUUGUCAAACAGGGGACUUACGUCAACCCAAAGGACCGUGGCCGCCGCAACAUUCGUGACAUGUUCCCCAGAGACAAUUACGAUGCCAUUUCACGUGCCAUGAGUGAGCCGGACCUCCACGGGCCCGAUGUGGAUUACUCUGAGAUCAGCACUGACUCAGGACACGAUUCCCUGUUCAACAGGCCUGGUCUGGGCACCAUGGUCUUCAGGAGGAACUAUGUAAGUGGGGGGAUGUUUGACCUCGGUGGUCGGGAUGACGGCAGUGCGGACCAGUCAGGCAAUAAUGUACGUUUACGCAGUCGGUUGCAGCAAUACCCAAGUGCAGAUGAAGACAGUAUAGGAAGCGCACGCAGCCUGCAGGAGAGGAACGUGGAGGAGCUGCCCUGGGAUGAAGUCGAAUUAGGACUGGACGAUGAUGAUGAGGCUGAAACCAGCCCUCUGGAAGUCUUCCUCGCCACGCAGAGCAUGAGUGACUUUUUCUCCAUCUUUAAGAGGGAGAAGAUCGACCUCGAAGCACUGCUGCUGUGCUCUGACCACGACCUUAAGAGUAUCCACAUCCCCUUAGGACCGAGGAAAAAGAUCUUAGAUGCCUGUAAGAGACGACUGGAAACCAUAGAGGACCCAGACUGCAUCGAGGACACAGAACUAUAAUACAAGUUGUUGUAGACGGUCCCUCUUGCUGUGUGCUCAUCCACGCUUAAAGGUCAGUGGAGCAUUGUGGAGUGAAUGUCACGUAUGGGCAGAAAGGAUGUAAUGAUUUACCUCUCCUGGUACAUCCAUGGUCACAAAGCAGAAAGGACACUGUCAAGAUGAAUAUGUCAAGCAAGAAGAGAUGAGCCUGAGACAAAUUCUUCACAGGAUUUUUUCACUGCGUCUUGUUAGCCGCAGCAGGAUCCCUGCAAAUAUCUCUGUAUUUCGCUGGUUGGAGUCGCCUGCACUGCAAGGUUUGACAAACUGAAAGACGAUUAUCAGAGUGAAAUGCUAUAUGUUCACUGUAUGGAUCAACGGAGAGUUGAUUGUGUCGCCUAACCGUGUUUGCCCCUAUGGGGUAAAUCCUACCCCCUCAUGUGCCUGCAUUGCUCGUGCCUGUGCAUUUGCUUAAACGUGUCUUUUGUCAUGAAUACCUUUGACAUUAACUUUAUUAUAGCAUUAUUCUCUGUGUAAAUUCCAAGCAACACUUUCACCACUUGAGCCACUUGACUGUUUCCUCACUCACAGGCUACGUUCACAUUUCACAGCUUAACGCUCAAUUACGAUUAUUUCCCCAGAUAUGAUCUUUCUGCCUAUACUGUUCUUAUUCAUGCUUGAAGUGACACAUAUCUGUGUGAACAGAUCUCUGCCCUGAAAUGCCUCACAUGCAGCCGCUAACAUGGUUAGUGGUUGCAUGACAUGCACAUUGGAACUACUACAAAAAGCAUCACAUUUGUGAUACAGGCACUGAAAUGCAAGCUUAAUCUCUCAAAUGAUUGCCAUAUUCUGCAUAAUAAUUAGCCACGUGCGUCUGCUUGGCAAAGUAGCCUAUGUGGUGUAUUUUUGAAGAUCUUGACCUUCGGAGCAAUGGGUGUUUAGGAGUGGUGGGGCCGUGAUGUGGAGGGUUUAAUGGAGGAACAGUUCCUCUAUACGUUAGGAUGUCCAGGACUUCAUUCCAUUCAUCCGGUACAUCUCUGUCAGUGCCUUUCGUCAACGCUGUCUCAGCAUGCUGUCCCGAUUAUGAAGCAUCUGCAGUUGGGCUCUAAUGACUGAUGACUGGAGCAGGCUACCACAGCCUUCUGUAGUUUGGAUGGACCACUCCAGCACUGUUUGGUGUGCUAUCUGCGCCUACACAGUAAAGUAUGACGUAAAACCAUGGUUGUAUGGAAAAACACACAUGAAUUCCAAUAUCACCGUUCCCGCGUUGGUUGCAUGGCUAGUGAUCAGAUAUGUAUCGGAUUUAGGACCACAUAUAAAAGUGGCUCAGAUCUUAUUGGAAAAUAUCUUAUUUCUGUGUCCACACUGCUCUGAAGAAAUCAGAUCUGCACCAUUUGAGAGCAAAAAAAAGGGAUUUGGGCCACAUUUGCUUGUAAUGUAAACGUAGCCAUACUUAAUCUCUGUACAUGUUUACACACAGCAAGCCGUGUCAGUCCAAGUGUGGCUCACUGGCAAUGCAGGCCAAGCACUCACUGAGAUUACUCUAGUAUUGUGAAGUAUAUGAAAAUACAGUAUCCUUAGAUAAUUUUGUAAUACAUAAAAUAACAUGUUGCAGUUCUGUAUUUUGCAUGUUCUAUCCAUACACUAGGAAAUUUGUAACCUCAGUGUAUCACUCAUAUGAGUCUUUACAAUAUGAAAGUCUUCCAGUUGUUUGUAUCCUGUAGGUUUAUAUGUCAUAGUAAUAAUAAUAAUAAUAAUCUGCACAGACGCACAUGUUGAUGUUUAUUAUCUCAACUUUUUACAUUUAGGUGGACCUUUAAUUUUAAAAAAGCUGUAAAUUACUAACUAACUAAUAUAUGUAUACAUUUUGCUUUCUUUACUGCACUCUACUUACUUUAUUUCAUGGGUCAGAUUGAAGAUAUGCAGAAUACACAGUAAGAUGUGCCUUUAUAAUGUGGAGCCAUGGUUAACAUUGAGGGAUCCUCUGAGGGAGAACCUAAUGUUUUUAAUCGUGGCCUGCUUUUUGGGGCAAAUUUGUUCCCUUCUUAAUUUCCACCAGAAUCACACACAUAACAUUUAGACCAUGAUGUCAGAGGAUAGAAUGUAAUUGAAAAAUUAAAUAUGAAAGAAAAUGUGUCUUUUGUUGUUGUUUUUUGAAGAUUUUUUAAAGUAUAAAGUAAAUGAAAGCUGACUCAUCAGUGAACCAAACCCAUAAAUUCAUUGAGUAACUAAUAUGCUCUGUUUGUAUAUAAGCAUAGUUUUAACAGGUCAG